CUUAUUUUUUUCUCACUUGUAGCUAACUCUCUUCCAUCUUCAUCUUCCUCACUCACGGCUGACCACGAACACCACCACCAUCAGCGGCAGUCCAGCCACGCAGCAGCAGGCCGCAGCCGCCUCCAGAAGCACCGUUUCCUCCACCAGAAGCUAGGCUGCGUUUGAACCCUUCAACUACCACGACCAGCCUCGGUUCUUCACCACCAGGCCGCCUGCCUUUUCCCUCCACCGUGAGCAGCAAGGCAGCCCCUAUUCCUCUCGACGAACAACCACGAGCAGCAGUGGGCUGCGUGGCCUGUUCCCAGCAGCGAGCAGGGCUGCGUGUUGCUCUCACAGCAGCCGGCUGCCCCUAGUGCCGCCAACUCCCCACCUUGGUCCUCCACCACCACAACAACCACCUACAAUCUUACCCUUUUCUAGUUCCUCCAUUGUAUACAUUCUGUUAAUGGUGUCAAAUAAGAAGCCACCGUGCUUAUUUUGGACUUGGGUGUGCUUGUUGGAAAUCCUGGUUAACUAAUAUUGCUGAAUAUUUCUUUGUUGUGCUGUUAAAUUUUCAGAUGCAUCGUACUAUAUUCAAGUUCCCUCGACUGUUCGUUGCAGAAUCGUUUUCUGGAACCUUAUUGCCAAUAAGGGCAAAGCAAAGUGGACCAUUUUUGGUGGGAUCUUACCAAACUGUUUCUGGUUCAAGAGAUCUCCUUGCCUAUGGUAGCAGAAGAAAUCCAAUUGCCAAGUCCUUUGGUCUUCAAGUUGUAACUGCUCUUCAGUUGGGUCACAAACGCCAAGCAUCCGAUCUGCUUUCUGAAGCUGAUGUUGCAGACCAUGCACUUAAUGCUGAAGAUAUAAUCUACAUCCUUGAAUACUGUGCAAGGACACCAGAUCCAUUGUUUGUGAUGGAAACUUGGAGAGUACUGGAAGGAAAAAAUAUUGCUUUGAGUUGGAAAUGCUAUAUGCUUAUUACUCGUGCUCUUUGUAAUGGAGGUUACCUAGAAGAGGCACUCCAGCUGGUGAAUUUUGUUAGAGAAAAUAAUCAUAUGAGUUUUAUUCUUCCUCUGUACAAUUGCUUUCUAAGAGCUUGCAUAAAAAUGAAGGAUAUGGUGCUUGUCAAUCAGUGCUUGGAUUUGAUGGAGUUGCAAUGUUCAGGCAAGAAUGAAGUGACAUAUACAUCACUUCUAAAGCUUGCAGUUCGUCAAGAAAAUUUAUCUGCUGUGCAUGAGAUAUGGAGAGAGUAUUGCAAGUAUUAUAACAUGAACAUUAUUUCUCUGAGAAAAUUCAUAUGGUCUUUUACACGUCUGAAGGAUUUAAAAUCUGCAUUACAAACGUUGCAUCAUAUGGUUGAUUUAGCUAAAGAACGCACGUCUGUGUGUAAAACUGUGGAGGGGAAGUUCUAUUGUCCACAACUAGAUAUUCCCAUUCCUUCGAUCAGUUCUGUGGGUUCUAGUGAGUACAAAGAUCAACAAGCCAAUUCUGACUCUUUUGAUGAUGAAGGUUUGAGAUGUAAACUAAUCUGUUCGGAAGAUGACAUGGAGAGCUCUACCAGAAUAAGAAGUCUUAAGGGUCCCUAUAGAAAUUCCGUUGAGGUGAUUUUGAGAUGGUCCUUCGAUGAUGUCAUAUAUGCUUGUGCGCAUCUUCAAAAUGACGAGCUAGCUCAGAAAUUGAUCGUUCAGAUGCAAAAACUUGGACUGGAACCAUCUUCUUGUACUUAUAACAGUUUAGCCAAGGCAAUUAUUAGUGUUGGAAGAAUUGGUGAUGCCAUUGAGUUACUAAAAGAGAUGGAAAGUAAAAAUUUGAAGCCGAAUGAUUCCACUCUUUCAUUGCUUUCAAUCAACUGCAGCAAAGCUUUAGACUUGGAUUUAGCUGAAUCCUUAUUGAAUCAGAUUGCUGCAAGCCAUAAUGCUCUUCCUUACAUUGCUUUUCUUCAAGCAUGUGAAGCGAUGAAUCAACCCGAACGUGCUGUCAAGAUGUAUGCUAAGAUGAGAAAAUUGAAAUUUAAGCCAGAUAUCAGGAUCUAUGAGUUACUGUUUUCUUUGUUUGGGAAUGUCAAUUUCCCGUAUGAAGAGGGCAACUUAUUAUCGCAUGCAGAGGCAACUAAAAGGAUCAAUGCUAUAGAAAUUGAUAUGCUACAUAACGGAAUUGAUCAUAGUAAGCGCUCAACAAUUAAUUUGUUGAAAGCCUUGGGAUCUGAAGGAAUGGUGCAGCAGUUGCUACAGUAUUUGCAUCGAGUAGAAAGCAAGUUCUUUUCCCAUAUUCUUGACACAGACAUAUUCAACGCAGUACUGCAUUCACUUGUCGAGGCUAAAGAGAAUCACAAGGCAAUUGAAAUGUUUAGAAAUAUGAAAGUAUAUGGUGUCCUGCCUGAUGCUGCAACUUACAAUAUUUUGAUUGAUUGCUGCUCAAAUAUGAGAUGUUACACGUCAGCAUGUGUUUUGCUUUCAAUGAUGAUUCGUGAUGGCUAUCCUAUUCAGACAUCAACAUAUACAGUGCUUAUAAAGGUUCAUUUAGAAUAUGAAGAUUUUCCUGAGACUUUGGAGCUUCUCGAUCGAGCUAUUUCAGAAGUUGAAAAACCUGAUGUAUUACUAUUUAACACCAUACUUCGUAAAGCAUGUUACCGGGAAAGGAUUGAUGUCGUUGAGACUGUACUUCAUGCUAUGUAUCAACAGAAUAUUCAACCAGAUGUACCAACCUGUAGUUAUGUAUUCUCUGCGUACGCUCGUUGCGAAUUCCAUAACAUUGCAGUAGAAGCCUUGCAGGUCUUAAGCAUGCAGAUGAUCUCCCAUGAUCUUGAUACUCUCGAGGAUAUAAGAAGGCGAUACGAGCAUCUCAUCCUGUCUGAAAAUGAAGAAGCUGAGAUUCGGAUAAUGCAGAUUAUUCAAGAUUCUCUGGAACUUGGUGCGGCCCUUCUUACUUUAAGAUGGUGUUCAAUCCUUGGAUCCUCAAUUUCAUGGGUGCCGGAUCAGAGUCCGUGGGCCAAAAGGAUAUCAACAUUGUCAAGCAAUGAAUGAGUUUGAUUGAAACGUAUAAAUGGAGCUUCAAGGACAGUGUAGGCUUCGUAUGAGCCAUGAAGCCGAAAGAGGCCUCUCGCGAAAUUCUUUCGAUGCGGAAGAAACAGUGUGAGCCGCUAAACAUUUUACUAAGUUUUUCUCUUUUCUUUAUAGCCGGUAAACAUUUUUAACUGAAAAGCUAUACUUUAUUUACUUUAGUUUCUUCGGCUGUAUAGUUUAGUUGAUAGUGAUUGUUUUUUAAUAUUAAUUUUUGAAAUUGUUAUUUUAAAUUUUAUUAAGCUUUAAUUGUGGAUUUCGUUCUAAAAAAAUAAAAAAUUGAUAAGUUCAAUCCUCAA